AUGAACUUCUGGCUUAGAAUCUCUGGGAAAACUGUGUUAAUAAUGCAAACUCCCAAAUUCGGAGAAGAACACAUUCGUUUCCUCCGUGGAAUUUCCAGGGACUGGAAUUCAGGCAGCGGCUUCCAGGGCGGCUCUGUGAUGCUCUUCCCAGCGUGGUGUGAGGGAGCGCCGGCCACCAGGAGCCUCUCGGGCAUUCCCACGCCAGCCCAGCGACAUGCUGCCUGCCCCCCGGGGGGGGGCCUGGCCACUGGGCAGCUGGACUCGGUCUGUCUGGUUUCAGGGCCUGACACUGCAGUGCAAAGGCAGUGCGCUGUGCACAAGCCAUCACUCCUGCCUCUCGUGGUACCCAACAAGCUCCUAACCAUUUUGCAAGGACGCAGCUUAAAGAGCACUUGUGUGAAGUCUGCCCAGCUCCCCAGAGACAACGAGCUGGCCCUCCCCUGGUUCUUCACUGCACUGGGUCAAGAGUCUGUCAUAAUACUUUGUAUACGGGGGUGGCUGGGUGUCCUCGAAACAGCGUGGGGGCACUGA